AUGGCGCUCCAUAACUACGUCUACCUCAGACACAAGGAGAACGAGCCUAAAUGCCAUAGCCUGAUCGCGCGCGACCACGACCCGAAACCCAAUAUGAACACAUUCAAGCGGUCACCUGCGGCCGAGAGGGAACGGCAGGCGAAAAAACAAGCCGACCAAGCUCAGUCUGCAGAGAACACUGCAAAAACUGCACAAACCGAGAAACCGGCAAAAGAAUGCUGCGGCAAAUGCACAGGUAAUUGCAGCAAGAAUAAGUCGGAUACUUCGUGGUAG